CUCGGUGGCUGCCGGCGAUUGGCGGCGGGGCGGAGCGAGGGGUCCGCGGAGAGCGGCGCGGCGCGGGUUCCAGGCUGGGAUCUGCCGCCGGGAAGGCGGACGGAAGGGCGAGGGUCUGUCCGCCCACCCUUUCCGCACACUCCCGGGUCCCAGCGCGGAGAGGCGGCAGGUGAGAGGGGCUGUGGGUGUCCCGCGGGCCGAGCGUCCGGGGCUGCAGGCGAGGGGCGCGCGGGUCCUCCGCGGUGACUACAGGGGUCUGCCAUUCUAAACAAUUCCAGAAAAAUUACCUGGGACUGGAUGAAUGAUUAAGAACAGAGUGUUCCGAAAAUCAACACAAAGUGGAAGCGCCUUAAGCUGAAGGUAUAUUGUUUGUACUGAAGGAGCUCCUGUGUGGACAAGCAGCGCUGACAGCUCAAAUGGAUCCCAUGGAACUGCAAAAUGUCAACAUUGAACCUGAUGAGGAGAGCACCAGUGGAGAAAGUGUCCAAGAUAGCUACACUGGGAUGGGAAAUUUAGAAAAAUCAGCAAUAAGCAGUCAGUUUGCUCAUGAAGAUGCUGAAAGUCAGAAAUUCCUGACAAAUGGAUUUCUGGGGAAAAAGCAGCUGGCAGAUUACGGGGAUGAACACCCUGGAACCACCUCCUUCGGGAUGUCUUCGUUCAACCUGAGCAACGCCAUCAUGGGCAGCGGCAUCCUGGGCCUGUCCUACGCCGUGGCCAGCACGGGGAUCGUAGCUUUCGUAAUCAUGCUUCUGGCUAUGGCAAUAUUAUCACUUUAUUCAGUCCACCUUUUAUUAAAGACUGCCAAGGAAGGAGGAUCUUUAAUUUAUGAAAAAUUAGGGGAAAAAGCAUUUGGAUGGCCUGGGAAAAUUGGAGCUUUUAUUUCCAUUACAAUGCAGAACAUUGGAGUAUGCCUUGGAUGUGUGUGCAUAUUCUUCUUAAUGGCUUCCAGGUUUUCCAUUAUACAAAAGCACCUUAGUUGGUUUACUGAGCCCCUUAUUGAUGAACAGUUGAGUUGUUUCCAGUUUUUCACUACUACAAACAGGGCUGCGAUAAAUAAACUUGCACAAGAUCUUGCAAAGUAACUCUUUUUGAUAAAUGAAAUCACUGAAAGUCACUAGAGUGAUUUCUAGAAUGCAGCAAUUCCUUUAAUAACCUUUAUCCAACUAUCCUUGCCCCUGAUGAUGGGUAGUUGGUAAGCAGAUAAGUAAAAUCUAGGCAUAUCUCAAUGAUUUGUGUUUAUUUCUUUUCAUGUUUCUAUGUAUUAAGAUUACAAUCCUGGAUAGAAUUUGGCAGUAACGCAAGAAUUGUUUAUUUUAUUGGUUUGGGGCCCCAAGCAUGUAAGUCCUCCAACUCCCCCAAGCAGGCUGCUUUCCAUUUUCAGCCUUAUCAGGAUUUAAAGUAUCAAACAUUUGUAGGAUCAGUUCAUAGUUGAUCUCCUGUCCUGGCUUGGACAACUGAGAUCUGGGUGCACACACAUUCAGCCUAAGCCCGGUAGGCAGAGUGGCCACAGCAUUGCCUCUUAUCCAAAAUGCAGCUACUCUUAUGCUUCUAAACAAUGGAACAGGCUGUAAAGUAGCCUCUCGGGUGAGGCUCAUGCAAAGGGAGUGUGACUUUAGAAGAGAAGGAUGGGAUUUCAUGGCCCACCCCUGAAAAUGCCCUCACUUGGUCACUUUAUAUGGUUAAUGGUUCCUUUGGCCUAAAGGAAAUCACCUGUAUUUCUGUAUUCAGAGCAAGUCCACACCUCUCAAUCCCC